UGGGUUGUUCUUCUCUCCUUCUCUUCAACCUCCUCAGUCGCCGAUCUUCAACAGUGGGGGGUGAAACAACAAUAGAGCGAUACAAUGGCGAUGAGCCUAAUGAACAGAGCAAUCUCAAGAACCGAAACCGUCGGUGCUUUCAGACUAUCGCUUAAUCUCCUUAGGAAUUUCUCUGCGGCGCCGGCGGCAUCUCCUACGUCGAGUGAAAACCCUAGCUCCGAUGCGAAUAAACCUAAAAGAAGAAAGAAGAAGAACUUAAUCGAAGUCGCUCAGUUCUUACCUAAUUGGGGAAUCGGAUACCAUAUGGCUAAAGCUCACUGGAACGGAAUCUCUUAUGAAAUCACUAAGAUCAAUCUCUACAAGGAUGGUAGGCAUGGAAAGGCUUGGGGGAUUGUUCACAAAGAUGGAUUGAGAGCUGCAGAAGCUCCAAAGAAGAUAAGUGGAGUUCACAAACGCUGUUGGAAGUAUAUCCCAAAUCUGACAAAGGCUGCUCCUGCAACAAACUCUGCAACCGCUGCUGCUGAUGUUCAAGCUGCCUGAUAUGUUUACUUCCAUUGUUCUGGGUACUUCUCGAUAUAUCUAUUUGCGGUUUCUUUAAUUAUUAUAAGAUGCAGUUGUUGUUUAUUUGAAUUCGUCGAUAGCUUUGUAGGAAAUGAUCCAGAAUCUAAGGAUGAUGAUCGCUUUUUUUUGUUCCAUCUUGGUUUUGAUUUUGAUGUGCCUGCAUCCGAGAAUCACUGGGGAUAGGGUUUUGCUACUAUUAAGUAUGGUUUUGUUGUGUAGGAGACCUUCUGGUUUUAAACAUCUAAUAAAAGGAUCCAAUUACCAGUGGCAUAUGAA